AUGUUUUCACCAUCCGUACGCGAUGGCGGUCCUGCCACCGCAACCCGUUCACGGCGACGACAGCGACCACUGAGCUCUGAGAAUAUUGCGCAACAGCCCAAGGCCAAGCGCCAGAGGCUUCCUCUUACCCAGCAGACUUUUGUCAACCCAGAGCCCCAGCCAGAACCCAGUGAUUCCAUCGAGGUCAAAGCAGACAAGGUCCCGGUCGCUGCAUCGAAGCCUGCCAACAUCGAGAAACAUCAAGCUCCUGCGAAAACAGCUGUCACAACCGCGACACCCACAACGACAACCACGACGCCGCGGAAAGAACUCAACGUUCGCGCUAAGAAAUCGAAGCACGGCGAUCGGGCUGCCAAUAAGGGAGAUGGAAGUUUGGUUUUGACAAGUACAAAUGGAUACACCGUCAGCAAGCUCCCAGCUUUGCCUGAUAGAAUUCGUUCUGACUGGACUGUUGAUCAACACGCCGAAGUCUUUUCGUCGUUCGGCUAUGCCUUGACACUCACGCAGACACAUGCCAUCGUUUGGCCAUAUACCUCAACAUCACAGUCUCCCGAGACAUUCACCUUUUCCUUACCUCUAGCAUCCAAACCGGGUGAUCCGCUGCCAGUCGGCUGCCUAGUUUCACCUUCUGCAGCCUCAUCCGAACCAGGCCUGGUGGUUGUCAUGUCCGCCGUAGGCAAGGUGGUCUACUGGGAGUCUAUUUCCAGCGCAGCUACUUUUGCAUUUAUCAAAAAGGACCGCAGCGGUGUCGAGUAUCAGAUCCCAGGAUUCUCUUCAAGCGAAAGGGUAGUUGGCAUCACGAAUGCUGAAUCUGCUGGUUUCAUUCUCACCUUUAAUUCUGGACGUCUAGCCUACAUGAAUGUGCGAGACAAUCACGGCCGACCUGCGAUUUCGGUACAAUACUUGCGGACCAACCUUUCGCCCUCCUCCAGCGGAAUUUUCGGUAGCAUUCGCCAUGCAUUCUCUCACCUCUCGCUGCGAGGCGAAGUGGCCGCGGUCAGAGCAGACAGGUCGUCUAGAGUCGGGGAGCGGAAUAUUGUUGCUCUGAGUUCUAAAGGUCGACUCCAAGCCUGGAGGAUUCACCGCGGUGGCCACAAUGAGUCGAUUGGAGAGGCUGAUAUGCGCGACAGCAUCGUCUCCGCCCUUCACGAAGUAGACUCAACUAACCAGGAAUUCCCAUUGGAGUCAUUCGAAGCUCUCGAUUUUACCUACGUACCCAAGGGGCUUGAACCCAAGUACCUGGAGCUGAGCAGGCUCAGCGACGCAAUGGGUACUGAUGCGACUAAUGUUCAGCAUCUCCUGUUGCUCGUUAGCCUUACCUUCAAAGGUAGCUCACGUUACGCUCUGGUGGAAGUUAUUUUAACCCCAGACAGCUGCCAGACGGGGAUGAUUCGACCCAUUACCACCUAUACUACUCCAGUCACAGUUCCGGACGGCUCCUCAACCGUACGCCCCCGAAUUUACCUCCCUCGCCCAGCUUUGGUGGCUUUCGCUGUUUUUGACCGCGCUGCCGUCAUUGCGUCGGUGGCCACACCCCCCGAAUCGCCCGAGUCUCAAUUGCAGUCUGAUAGCCAUGUGCUGCCGGCAUCUUUUGAGGAUGUGGUUGAUUUCCGGGAGGAUCAAGUCCAUGAGAUCGUGGGUUCUGGCAUUGAGGAGACGUCAGCCUCUGUCGGAAUCGAAGACAGAUCGCAGCGUACCAAAAUAAAGAACCCCGCAGCUGUGUUAUUAGUCCGUGGCGCUGGUGUGGUACGCAUCAUCACGACUGAUGUUGACAAGUUUGCAAGUGACAAGCCACCAACUGUCUCCGCUAAAAGCAGACUUGAACAGGCGGUAUUCUUUGGAGCAAGCAAGGACAACCCUCUCAUUUUUGAUCGUCGUCAGGAGAUCAAGUUUUCGACAGAAGAAGUUGCAAAGGCUGCUCUAGAAGUCAGUCAAGAGAUUCUUAGCUCGACCACCAUCUUCCUCUCCACCCUACCGGCUCAUCUAGAGGACAAUUUGCGUGCCAAAUCGGCUGCAUUGGAGCGACUUAUGUCGCAUCUUCGAUCAACCGGGGUCCAACUCAGUCGCAGCACUUUGUGGCAGCUCCUUCACAAUGCGGAGAAAAUGCACGUAGCGACGCUUCUAUGGAAACUCCAUGAAUCCUUCACAGCAUCCCGGCAAGCUGAUGAUAAGAAGAGCUUGAUUGGUUAUAUCGUGGAAUUCAUUCACCAAGACCAAAAACACAAUCCUGUCGCUAAGAUUGGCGAGGUUGACCCCGUACGCCACUGGUUCAUCAAUGAUGUCUAUCGGCUGCAGCUCUUCGUCGCUUGGGCAUAUGAGGUUAUCAAGGUCAUGUACAAGGACCGACUAUUGGAUGAUGCUAAGCUCACAGUCAUGCUCUUCGAGGCUAUCCAGAUCAACAAUACUGCCCACCUGGCCGCUCUGAAAUUCCGGGAGAACAACCAGGUCUUUUACGGCCUUGGCGGCGAAGACCUUCGCCUGGGAAUCCUGCAAGAUGGGUACGAAGGUCUUGAAGAGCCAUGGACUGGCUGUAACUACAUCGCCAACAACUUUAAGCGCCUCGUCGAUUUAUCCGAAUAUUGGUUUAACAAUAAUGGUGGAUCGGAGAAGAAGCUUCGUACACAAACUACGCCUGACCCUCAAAUUAUAUCUCAGAUUAAGGAUGAGCUGCCAUCGCUUACGGAUGGCAUGCUCACCUCCCUCUUGGAACAGUCCCGAUUCGGAAUAACCCUAGAGAAUGCCGAACAACGCCGACUAGCUCAAGAUUUCGGGAAAACUUAUCAAGAAGAUCGAUAUACAAAGCCCAUCAACCUGGCGCGAAUUGGGCAUUGGGACAAGGCAGCCAGAAUCGCAAAGAAACAUGAAUCUUUCCGUGGACUGGCUGUCAUCUUGCUUGAGCAUGUUGAGAGCUUGGAGAGCGAUUUGCUGCAAGCCGAUCUAUCUUCGGUAGAUCUUCAAGUUCUCAAGACUGUUCGUGCAUCUAAGAAGACGGAAAUUGAACACAGCUUUGAAGUUUAUGGUGAAAGCUUUGCUUUCCCCUUGUAUGAUCAGCUUCUAGAAAAGCACGGUGUUGAGGCAGUCAUGGAGUUUGAUCUCGAUAAGCAUGGGUUCAAAACUAGGUUCCUCAGAAGCAGGCCUGAGCUGGCCAAGAUAUCAUGGAUCAAUGACAUCCAGCAGGAGAAGGAUGUUGACCACGCCGCUGAUACAUUGAUUACACUUGCUUUGAGCAAGGAACAGCAAGUUUGGAGCAAGAAGAUUGAACUCAGUCUCGGAAAGCUUGCGCUCUUGGCGGAAGCUGAACAAGCCUCAACCCUGGACGUAAAGGCUGACCAGGUCCGCAUCCAGGGAAGCUUAGCUCGGGUAGAAAAGGAACUUAUCGCCAUCACCAUCCAGGACCAACUCUACGAGCAGAUUGCACCCAGUACAAGGGAAGCUGUUGACGAGGCUGCUGCUAUCAAUUUUGCCAUGGAUGCUCAUGGUAUGAAUAUUCCUCGCCGCCAAAAGGCCACUCACCAGAUUUUUGAGAAUGGGAUGAAACGGCUGCUCAAGCAUGAGGCUCUCGAUGCAAUGACCCUAAUCGAUCUUCUUACCCUCUCGCACUUUAAGCCAGAGUUGAGAGGUGAUCUAAUGGCAAAUCCCUUCUGGCUGGCCUUGAAGGUGGCUCAGAGUUCUUGCACCUAUGAUGAGCUCCGGGACGCUCGGAGACUCAUCUGGAGGAGACUAUUCAUCAGGGAUGACUGGUCACAGAUCAACGACACUCAAGAGAAGACGGAUGUAGAAGUAUCCUUGAGACUUGCCGACACUGAACUUUUCAAAAUGUUGGUCGAUUGCAUCAGAUUUGAAGAUGUACCUAAUUCGUUCAGACCUAUGAACCCUAGAGAGGCCCUUGGCGUCUUCGUGGACGGGCUCGACCGCCGAUUCCGCGAAUUCGACGAGGAUUUCCAGGCAAAGCUCAGAGAUGCUAUGAAGGCCGAGGACAAGCUUCUCGUCCAAUAUGUCGAAAAGCAUAGACUGAUGGAUUGGCUUCCAAGUGUUGCAGACGCCGCCAAGCUCGAGAUACAGAACGAGCUUGAUGAGGCAACUAUGGGCGACUCUUGA